AUGGAAAAUCAUUCAAUUCGUAUAAAUUAUACAUUAACACCUCGUGACACAGAACAACCAUUAAUACAUGAUAAUGAAACUAAAAUAUAUGAAGAAAAUAUUAAAAAACACGAAGAUACAACUUUAACAAAUGAAGUAAUGGAUAGUUCUUUUUAUCCCAAAAUUAUGUUAUUUCUAUUAUUAUGGUACCUCAUCAGUGGAUGUACUUUAUUCUUAAAUAAAUAUAUAUUAUCUUAUAUGGAGGGUAAUCCUACAAUUUUAGGUGCUUGUCAAAUGUUAAUAACCACAGUUUGUGGAUUUAUACAAAUGUAUUUUCCAUGUGGAAUGUAUAAAGCACGUCCUAAAUUAAUGAGACCAGCAGGUUUUUAUAAGCAUAUGAUAUUGGUUGGAUGUACAAGAUUUACAACUGUAGUAUUAGGAUUAAUAUCACUUAAUUAUGUAGCAGUAAGUUUCACAGAAACCAUAAAAAGUAGUGCACCACUUUUUACCGUCCUUAUUAGCAGAUAUUUAUUAGGAGAACAUACAGGAUUAUAUGUAAAUUUAUCUUUAAUUCCUUUAAUGGGUGGUUUAGCUCUAUGUUCAAUAAAUGAAAUAAGUUUUGAUCUCAGAGGAUUUAUUGCUGCUAUGGCUACAAAUGUAACAGAAUGCUUACAAAAUGUUUAUUCCAAAAUGUUAAUCAGUGGUGAUAAUUUUAGAUAUACGCCUGCAGAACUGCAAUUCUAUACUAGUUUAGCAUCAAUUGUGGUACAAAUACCAGUUUUGAUAUUAUUUGUAGAUUUACCAACACUUGAACAUUCUUUAAGUUCUAAAUUAUUCAUAGCAUUUCUACUUAAUGGAGUAUUCUUUCAUUUUCAAAGUAUUACUGCAUAUGUACUUAUGAAUUAUAUUAGUCCUGUGACACAUAGUGUUGUUAAUACUGCAAAGAGAGCUUCUUUAAUUUGGCUUUCUGUUUUAUUAUUUAAUAAUCCAGUAACUAGUUUAUCAGCUAUGGGAACAUCUUUAGUAAUAAUAGGAGUAUUGUUAUAUAAUCGGGCACAAGAAUAUGAUAAAUUAAACAAAGCAAAAUUGCGAUAUAAUUCUAAAGUUAAUUUACAAUAAUAUUAUUUAUUAAAAUCAUUAAGAUUUGAAAUUUAAUAAAAAAUAUCUGCAUAAUGCAAAAAUUAAAUAACUUUAAUUAAAAUGAAAAUAAACUAAAUUAAAUUUAGUAUCAAUUUUAUAAUAUAAUAUUUUAUUUAUUACAAUAAUUAAAUAUUUGAAAUAUUAAAUAAAAAAUGACAAAAA